AGUGUUGAAGAAUGUUUGGUGUGGAAGUUAAACGAUUUAUUUGAACGAUUAGAAAAAUAAGCUUGAUAUUGUAUAUCCAUUGUUUUCACAACUUUCUUUGCAAUGGCGUCUAAAAGAAAGAAAAAUAUUUGCAGUGAAGGACCAGUCAAAAUAGUUGGAAUAAAUCAUGGAGCCUGUCUUCAUCACUUCUUGUUAAUGGAUGGAUGGAAAAAGGAACAGUUUACAGAUGUUACAUUUUUCUGCCAGUCUACAACUGAAAAUGACAAAACCUGUGGGUUACAAAAUAAGCUACGUGCUAAUCGAAGUGUUCUGGCAGCUGCCAGCCCUUUCUUUUCUGCUCUAUUGCCUGACUGUGAGCUGGAAUUGGAUGUCUGCAUCUCAAUUGAUUUGAGCUUUGAAGAAGUAUUCUGUGUUCUUGAAUAUAUCUAUUCUGGGAAACUAUUAUGUUCAAUCCAAAGCAAGGAAAGAAUUCUAAGUAUUCUUAAAGAAUUUGAUAUAUUUGUGCCUGACCAUCUUCAGAGUUCAGGACUAUGUGGAGAUAAUGAGACAGAAGUUGAAAUCAUUAUUGAAGAAGCAAAUGCAAGUGAUAAAACUUCUGAAGACAGUCAAAGAGCUGUUACAGAUAACUCUUUGAUUGCAAGCUCUGAUCAGAUUCAUAUGUUACUUAGUAAAGAAUUGAUCUUACCACAAUCAAGCAUUCCCAUAUCAAGACAAGAUACAUUACAGCAUGAAGAGAAGACUCCAGAAAAAUUCUCAAGUUCUCUAAAGAUCUACAGCAACAAAAGUAAAGCUCAGCCGACAUUUAAGACAACUGUUCUAAAUCCUGAUGACACCUGUAUUGGUGAAACUGUUGAAGAAGUGGAAGAUUGCAGUCAUCUUAAAACUUCUAUAGAUUUGAUAACUUAUCAGUCUGCUUCCCUGGAAGAACCUCCUGCUAAUAACAUGCCAACAGAAAUUGAAGCUAUCAUCAUUAAGAACCACCCGCCGCCAAAUAAUUUUGACAUUUAUGGAGUUGUUGGUGAAGAUGUGUGGACUGUUCAACAAGUACCAGAUAGACAAACUGUUACAUUGCAGUUUCCUACCCAGUUGCCUGGCAGCAUCACCUCCCAUCCAAAAGAGCUUGAACACAAUUUGAUCAAACGCACCGUGACCCAGUGUAGUGCAUCGACCUAUCCUUUGCCAUUAUAUCAUUCUCAUACUUGGUGUUACGGCGUUUACACUCCUUUUGACCCUGAUAUAACCAACCUUGAAAUGAGUCAUUAUGAUGAUCCCUUAGUGACAAACAAAGGACAGCCUUUUGUUCAUGACUGGACAUCUUUCAAACAACCGACUUUCUUAGUUUCACGGCCGCAACGUGUGUAUAGUCGUCGUGAAAUCGUGCGUCAGCGUUCGAACCACAUCAAGGGAAUGUUAAAUCUGAAUGAUAUCCAAAAUAUGAAAGCUCAUAAAGGCAAAAUCCAUGUAACUCUAAAUGGGAAGCCACUUGUUCAACCUACGCUACCACAACUAUUUCAUGGUGGAGGUGACUACGAAAAUGGUCAGUUGAAUGAAACAAAUCAAGCACGAAUAGGACGCCGCGCAAAUAAUGUGGCAAGCAUUACAGAGAGUGACGACGACAAGAUCGAUUUAGCUCUGGCCAAACAUUUUUUACAAGAGGAAGUUCGAAUAAAACAAAAACUACAAAUGAGAAUCAGAAUGUUCUCUGAACGCCUUACACAAUACAAAGACAUCGCUCGAUCUAUCCUUAAGAGGGCUAAGGAAAUUGAACAGAGAAAGCGAGAAAAUGAGGCAGCCAAGCUGUGUCCACAAACGAAAAAAUCUGGGCCUCAAACGCAAUGCGAACAAUGUGGCAAAAUGGUACUGGCUUCUCGAUUAGCGAUCCAUUUGAAGAUUCACAGCGGCAUAAAGUCGCACUUGUGCGAUCUAUGUGGACGAGCAUUUUUGUUGAAAGCAUAUCUUAACGCUCACAUUCGAAUUAACCAUCGUGGAACCGAACGUCCCAAACGUUUCAUGUGUUCUAGUUGCGGCUAUACCUGUGAUCAAAAACACAAACUCGAAGUUCACGAAAGGGUGCAUACAGAUGAAAGGCCAUUUACCUGCACUUAUUGUGACAAGAAAUUCCGUGAAAAGGGCACGUUGGUUCGUCAUAUUCGGACUCACACAGGCGAGAAACCAUAUUCAUGCAACAUAUGCGGGACCUCUUAUGCUGCCAGGGACACGUACGUUCAGCAUUACCGAAGAAAGCAUGAGCAGCAGAGGUCAGAUAACGCGAAUGAACCGCGAUCAAGAGCAAGGCACUCAAAUGUAGUCAUUUAUCGGUGCGAGUUUUGUCAAAAAGGAUUUUAUCGGAUUCUGGCAUACGAAAAGCAUCGUGCCACUCAUACAGGUGUGGCUGCCGCUGUCCGUUGCACUCAGGGUGACUGCGAUUUCACUUACUCGGAUAUGACGCAACUCAAGGAUCAUAUGGCAAUAUGCCAUCCUGGGAAAACAUAUACAUGUGGAGUCUGUUCUAAAGUAUUUCUAACGAAACAGAAUCUAGCGAAUCACCAGUCGAAGCAUGACCCUACUCUGGGUUUUCACUGUUCCUUUUGCUCCAUGAGUUUAACCACCAAAGCCAGCCUCAUCGCUCACGAAAAGAUCCACACUCGAGAUAAACCAUACGAAUGUUCCUACUGUGGGAUGCGGUUUCAUAGUCCUUAUCUGAUAAAAAUUCACAUGCGUAAACAUCAGCCGAGUCAACCCAAGAGGAAGCGUUCUAGAAGACAAGCUGAAGAAGUAACGGAAAAUCCGGACAUUGAUGCUGUUGGUGAUACUGUAUCAGUAACAUAUUAUUGAAUUGCUCUAGUUGUAUUCUUCAUUUUUGCUUAGUUGGUUAUUGCAAAUGUUUUCCUUAAAUUGCAUGCAGUUUUCUGAAGGAAACUAGUGUGAUGGGUGUAUAACAUUUUUCUUCUCCAUUUGGGAUUGUUUGGCCAUAUCCUAGGGGCCGGUUGCGACGAAAUCCAGGGAUGCUUGAUGUAUGUGGAUUUGUAAUCUAGUACUCAAGUCUGAUGUUUACUUGGCCAUGUACAAAUUUAUGCUUAUGAACAAUCUUUAAAUUUAUGAAUGAGUAAGAUUUGACAUGAGCCAGUUGGCUGAAUACAUCUUCUAUAAAAAUGUG